AUGGGUGCAACGAUGGCAAUUUUAAUCAUACUUGCCAUUGUUAUGUGUUUGGUUUUUGUGCUUUUAGCUGAACUCUACUGUUCUAUACUCCUCCGCCGUCGAAAACUUAAUGAUAAAAACCCAGAUCAGUCUAUGGUGGCAAAUCCUCGUAACCCACAGCAACCCCAAAAUCAGAACCAAUUAAUUCCAUCUCCUCUUAGUAGCUUCUAUGCUCAGGGAGUUCUAGAUGCUCCUAGAAAUUUCCUGUUUCCUAAACUCCCUAUUAACACAGAAAUUGAUGAAAGACCUAAACAUGGAAAACUGCACCAGUUUCUUAGAGUUCAAUCCCCACAACUACUUGGCCUUGCUUCUUCAUCAUUAUCAUCAUCUACAUUGCAAAUGCAACAACCUAAUUCAAAACCCGAAAUUAAUAUUGAAGUUGAAUUUGAAGGGAAGAAUUUGAUGUACAUUUCAAACCCAAUAUAUGACAAUGAAGUUAGUGGAGUGGGUGCAACCCCAUUUGAGACGUCGGAUAGUUUGCCGCCGUCCCAAUUGGAUAGGAAUGAAGAGAAGAAAGAAAAUGAAAAGGAAAUGAAAUGGAGUCCAUGCUCAUUGCCAUUAAGUCCAAUGAAGGAGGUACCAGCUAAAGCCGAUGAAUCGGUUUGUUUAAGAGAUGCAGGAUGUUUGGGUAGUUCAUGUAGUGAGUCUAAUACUCGUAUUGCUCAAUUUUCUUCUUCUGCCUCACCUCACACUUCGCCUUCUUGGUAA